AUGUCUACCUUUUUCUGUACCGCUUGUAUCUCUUUUUAUCUUUAUCAACAAUUAUCUUCACCUGAACCAAACCGAUUCCUAAUGUAUAUUUUUGGAGCAAUUUCAUAUGGUAUCCCACUCAUCAUUACAUUACCAUUGACAUUUACCAAUAGUAUCAUUCAAGACACUGAAACGGCAUGGUGUGAAACUGACAGAGUAUUUGAAUUAACACUCUGGUUUGGACCACUACUCGUGUGUCUAUUGACCUGUGUCUUUUAUUAUAUACGUCUACGAAGAUUGUUUAGAAAGAAGUUUGAGUAUCGUUUAAAUGUCAACGAUCGUCUGCGCCAAAUCGAUGGAAUCAUAUCUCGUCGUCUCACAUUGUACAUACUCGUUUUCAUCGUGACGUGGGCACCUGACGUCGUCCAACAUUUCAUAUCCUUCUUUUCAUCAUGUUCUUUCUAUCCACUAAUGGUCAUUCAAAAUCUUUUGGCUCCAUCUCAAGGUAAUAGUAGUUUAUUAAAACAAAUUAAUAAAAGACCUAAUUGGCCUAGAUAA